AUACGUCAAACACACAGUUCCCUGUUCAACUCCCGCUGAUUUGAUAUUCUUGAGGAUUCAGUGACAGUCCACAAAGUUUGAAUCAGUUUCUUAAGUACCAGUUUAAGCUUUAUUUCCGAGAUGGUCGCAGUUCUGCAUGUGGUUUCGCAGGUAGAUUUGGAGAUCUUGCGGUUCCAUUCCGGACUCCUGAAUAACGUGUGAUCCCGAGGUUGUUGUGUACUGGACCUGUGGGAAUUCUGUGCGGGUUCGUUAUCUAUGAGAAAAUGGAUUCUUGCUUAAUACUGCGCGCGACACUUUUCGGAAUCAUGUUGCUGGGACUUCUUACACCGGCACAAACUAAAGGGGGGUGUGUUUGCAGUGGGAAAUCAGGAUGUGACUGUCAAGGAAUUAAAGGACAAAAGGGUGACAAAGGGUCACGUGGUAAGGAUGGUGUACUUGGAGUUCAGGGGCAUCAAGGAAAGGAAGGCCCUCCAGGACUUCCUGGUCCAAAUGGAAAUAUGGGAAGGAAAGGCAUCCACGGACAUAAAGGUUCUAGGGGAACUUUAGGGACCCCAGGAUUCUUUGGCCCACCGGGACUCCCGGGGAUCCCUGGAAAAGAGGGCCCGAGGGGGCUUCCUGGUCGCCCAGGAUGCAAUGGAACAAAGGGUGAUCCUGGUCCCCCAGGCUUUAUAGGGAAGAUGGGACUUCCUGGAUUACAGGGUAAGCCAGGAAUCCAAGGACCUAAGGGAGAUAGCUAUUUCUUCCCACCCUCUGCAGAAUUGAAAGGACAUUGUGGUCUUCCAGGCAGAAAUGGAGAUAAAGGUCAACCAGGGUUUCCAGGGUUGCAAGGACCAAUUGGACCAGAAGGGCCUAGAGGUGCACCAGGAAAAGAUGGCAUUCCUGGAUUACAAGGAGAGAAGGGUCUAGAGGGUCGAAGCGUGGAAAGAAUUGGACCCGUAGGUCAAAAGGGGGAGAGGGGACCACCUGGUAUACCAGGACAAAAAGGUGUAAAGUUAUUUGUAUCAGGACCAAAGGAGCCUAAGGGUGACACUGGAGAUAUUGGAGACAUUGGAUGCUUAGGGCAGACUGGUUUUCGUGGUCCUCCUGGUCCUAAGGGGAAGAAAGGGGAAAGUGGAGAGCCUGGGGCUCCGGGGAAACCUGGAAAGGAUGGGCUGCAAGGAGAGUUAGGCCCUAAGGGAGAGCCUGGAGAUGUAGGAUAUCCUGGAGCUAUUGGGAUAGCAGGGGAAAAGGGACCGAAGGGUGACCCCGGUGCCCCUGGUAUUCCUGGAGAGUUCAGAGUAAUAAAUAAGAUGAUCAAAGGUCAAAAAGGUAUUCCCGGGCCACCAGGACCUCCUGGUCUACAAGGCAGUGAAGGUUUCAGUGGUUUUCCUGGACCUCCAGGUCCUCCAGGGAGCCCCAUACCAGGACCAAACGGAAAACCAGGUCACCCAGGAUUUAGAGGUGUGAAAGGGGAAAAAGGUGAACCCGCACCUGAAAUCACAGGACCCACAGGACAUGAUGGCCCACCAGGGGAACGAGGACCCCCUGGUGACCCUGGACCUCCAGGAACUCCACAAAUCAAAGGUCGCUGGGGACUAAAAGGGCCCAGGGGUGACAAAGGCCUAACAGGCCCUCAGGGUCUGCAUGGAGAUCCUGGAAAACCAGGAGAGCAAGGAGAACUUUGCAGAUUGUGUGCUGCUUCUGCUGCUGACCCUGGACCUCCAGGACCAGCUGGAGUUUCAGGCGAACCUGGAGAGCCAGGUCUUGGAGGACUUCAAGGCAAUAAAGGAUCCAGAGGCUUCAAAGGUCCAGAGGGUCCACCAGGUCCUCCGGGUUUCUUAGGUCUUCCGGGAUUUCCAGGGCAUCCAGGGCCCAAAGGAGACCUAGGGAUGAGAUCUGAGAUUGGGGAAAAAGGAGAUAAAGGAAAUACAGGUGCAGUAGGGCUAUUGGGGAUAAAUGGGAAAGAUGGUAUGCCGGGCACCCCUGGCUUCAAAGGACCACCAGGAGCAAAAGGAAACCCAAGUCCUCUAGGGCCUAAGGGCAACCAAGGAGAUCCAGGGAUUUGUGGGGAACCUGGCUGCACAGGUCCAAUGGGCAGCCAAGGGUCAAUGGGUGUCGGACAACUAGGGGCACCUGGAGAGAAAGGAUGUUUGGGAGUUGUGGGCCGGCCAGGAAAUCCUGGAGAACCAGGUGAGAAAGGAUCUCCAGGACUAGUACAAACGACACCUGGAGACCCAGGUGAGCCUGGAUUGCCUGGUCUUCCGGGUCUACCAGGACCUCCAGGUAAUGAAGGUUGUGCUGGGGUUCAAGGAUUCCCGGGAUUGUGCGGGUUAAAAGGAGAGAAAGGACUGUCAAUGCCAGGAGUUCCUGGACUUGCUGGUCCCAAAGGUGAUAAGGGUGUGAAAGGGAAGCCAGGUCCACCUAGUUAUGGAGGUGUAGGCUGCCCUGGCCCUCCAGGACCACCAGGAAUGCCAGGCCUAAAGGGUGAAAUAACAUUUGGCUUCCCUGGGCCCAUGGGUCGGCAAGGCCUGCCAGGAGAUGAAGGGUGCCUUGGGCUACCAGGAAUCUCUGGCCUCCCUGGAUUAUCAGGAUGUCCAGGUCAAAGGGGAAGGGAUGGACCACCAGGAGACUGUGGUGCACGGGGUCUUGAUGGUUUGCCAGGAGAGGCUGGUGUUCCAGGAUGCUGUACGCCAGGAUCUAAAGGUGACGAAGGACCCUCAGGCAUCAGAGGACUAGAUGGACCCACUGGGCUGCAAGGGCUGAAGGGGCCACAAGGUGAAAUUGGACAGUGUGGCCAGGGUUUACCUGGUAUAGAAGGUGUGGUUGGGAUACCUGGGAAAAUUGGACAGACUGGUUUGGUUGGUAUCCGGGGACCAAAAGGUUUCCAAGGUCGGGAUGGUCCUCCAGGCUGUCCAGGUACACGGGGAGAUCAGGGGAGUCCUGGAAUGUUUGGUCCACCUGGAGUAGAUGGAAAUCCUGGACCACCAGGGCUCCCGGGACCUAAAGGUUUAAUUGGUAGGAAUGGAGUGCCUGGUGACAAAGGAAAACCCGGGGAACCAGGAGACCCGGGGACCUGUGGUCAAAAAGGACCGCCAUCAAAUAUUAUGUGUCCAGGGGAUCCCGGUGACCCUGGCCUACCAGGUCUUCUUGGUCUGCCUGGCUCUAAAGGGGAAUUAGGAUUCCCAGGCAAUUAUGGAGAAUGUGGGAAGAAUGGAGAUCCAGGAUGUCCUGGUCCACCAGGCCCUCCUGGUGACCCUGGCCAGAAUGGUCUUCCAGGAAAUCGGGGUCUUGAUGGAAACUUUGGGGAUCCAGGAGUUAUGGGGUUUCCAGGAGUGAAAGGCCCCAAAGGUUUACCUGGUUUACGUGGGGAGACUGGGGAUCCUGGUGACCCAGGGCCAACUGGACCAAAAGGGAUCAAAGGUGAACCCAGCCCUCCUGGGCCAGGACUUCCAGGACUACCUGGUGAGAAGGGUGAGCCAGGCUGUCCAGGGGUUAGAGGGGAAAAGGGUGACAAGGGUAUAUGUGGGGAAAAUGGGCUCCCAGGUUUUUCAGGGAGUCCUGGGGAAAUUGGCGAAACUGGAGUACCAGGAGGUCCAGGACCUCCAGGAGCUCCUGGUGAUGAGGGUUCAGAUGGACUUCCAGGUCCACCUGGAUGUGAAGGGCCCUGUGGUCCACCAGGUGUUCCUGGUUCUGCUGGAGCUCCCGGUCCACAAGGACCUCGGGGGGAAAUAGGCAGAGAUGGCAUUCCAGGAUCAGCUGGAGAUAAAGGAGAUAGAGGGUGCACUACAAAUGGGGAUUGUGGCCCACCUGGUGUCAAGGGUGUGAAAGGUACUAAAGGCUGUUCUGGACCCCCAGGGCCAUGUGGGCCACCAGGUCCCUGCGGUCCAGUUGGAGAUAUUGGUCCCCCCGGCAAACCCGGAGAAAUGGGGCCACCCGGGUGCCCAGGUCCACCUGGUGUCUGUAUCAGUGGCCCAAAAGGGGAGCAAGGACCUAAUGGACAACCUGGCCCACCAGGUCUCAGAGGACCAUGUGGGCCUCCUGGCGACCCAGGUCCAGGCCUAAAGGGAGAUAAAGGCUGCAACGGGCCCCCGGGGCUUGUGGGGCCACCUGGUUGUGCUGGUGAUCGGGGUGAUCCUGGUAAACCAGGGAGCGAUGGAUGUCCUGGUUUGAAGGGUCUGAAAGGAAAUAUGGGGCCAGUGGGUUGUAUUGGACCAGUUGGCCAAAAAGGACAUUGUGGUCCAAUUGGGCCUCCUGGAUUAAAAGGUUGUAAAGGAUUUCCUGGACAUAAAGGGCCAAAAGGUGAUGAUGCUGUACGUGAGACCAUCUCUGUCCCCGGUGACCCUGGUAUGCCUGGAAAAGCUGGGGAGAGAGGAGAACCAGGAGAACUCGGACCUAAAGGAUUACGAGGUCCAAAAGGAGCACAAGGUCAGAAGGGAGAUGCAGGUGCAAAAGGAGAUGUUGGAAAAGAUGGGAGCCCUGGACCGAGGGGCGACACUGGCCCACAAGGAGACCAAGGUCCUGCUGGUUUGUCAGGCGAAGUGGGUGCCAAGGGCUCACGGGGUGCACCUGGGCAAAAUCUGAAAAAUGGGUCAAGAGAUGGAUUCUUUUUUACCAAGCAUAGCCAGACAAUGGAUAUACCAGCCUGUCCUAGUGGGUCAAAACACCUGUACAAUGGAUAUUCGCUUCUCUUCAUCAACGGCAAUAACCGCGGACAUGGACAAGACUUAGGAACUCUGGGAAGCUGUUUGCCAAUGUUCUCCACCAUGCCUUUCCUGGUCUGUAAUCAUAACGACACUUGUCGCUACGCCUCUCGGAAUGAUUACUCCUAUUGGCUGUCUACAAACACACCGAUGCCCGCCGAUGAGGCAUUAAUUUCUGGUGAUUCACUGGCACAGUAUAUCAGCAGGUGUGCUGUGUGUGAGGCACCAGCUAAUGUAAUAGCAAUUCACAGCCAGACCAUUAAUAUCCCAAAAUGUCCUACAGGAUGGCUUCCACUAUGGCAAGGUUACUCCUUUGUAAUGCAAACGGGAGCAGGUGCAGAAGGUUCCGGACAGCCGCUGGUCUCACCUGGAUCCUGUCUGGAAGAAUUCCGGAAGAUUCCAUUCAUAGAGUGUCAUGGUCGUGGCACCUGUAAUUUCUAUCCUGAUUCCUUCAGCUACUGGCUUGCAUCACUUGACCCUAACAGAAUGUUCAGCAUGCCAGUCCCCCAGACAGCAAGACAGAAAGACAUUAUCAGCCGCUGUCAGGUCUGUAUGAAGCAGUAGUCUUAAGGUCAGAGGUGACCUUGGUAUGAGACAUCCGUGAAGUCAGCCCUCAAGUGUUUCACCUGGAAACGACUGGAUAUGAGAUGUCAUUAUGUUUGCUGUUACCUUGUGAUCCAGUUAAUGAGUGGAAUGAUACAGUUAUGGGUGGGCAACUGUUCAUUUUUUAAACACUUUUCAGCCAAUCAGAACUUUUGGACAAGUUUAAGGCUGAAAUACAUUACACAACUUUUUCUUAGAUUUGCAGUUUAGAUGAGUCGACAAUAGUUGCCGAAAAUUCUCCAGUCUGCAGAUUUUGGGCAGUCUGAGUUGACCGAAAUUUCACCGAAAAUUGCAUAGUGUAUGAUGGGCACAGACUCUGAUUUGUUUAGCUUCAGACUAUGAUUCCAUCCAGUUGGAGGAAUCGUAUUUUGAGCUGAUUUUAGAACACAUAUCGUAGUGUAUGACACGUAGGUACUGAAACCGAAGCUAUCCUCUAUCUACCAGUGUUGCAGUGUUAUUGUAUAAAAUACAAUAACAGAACAUACGUAACAAAUUAGCCUCAAUAUUUGAAAUAUCACCACCGAUAAAACAACUGACUGCAGCACUCACCUCUAACUCCUGUUGUAAUCUGUAGAGUCCAUACUGGCCACAUCUACCCACCCAAGACCACAUCCAAAUGCGCUAGGUUCAUUUUUUUUUUUGCUACAACAACUGCUGUGGUCAACUCCUACAUGUCAAUGUUUGUUUUAACUGUCAUGCAUCUUCUAGCAACAAGGCACGUGUUUUUGUCUGAGUUUGUUGUUCAUAUGCAUUGAAAGUCUGGUAGUGAAUGAUCUUCAGCCAUUUAGUAUAUGACAUCCAGGUUUGCUCAGAAGUCGUGUAGUGUAUUCAAGCCUUUAGUUUUUUAGGAACAAAAACCAAACAAAACAAUGGAUUCCCUUUUAAUGGAAGUUCUUUGUUUUGGAUUUGCUUUAUCCUAAAUCCAAGGUACAAGCCCAGUGUUUGUCAUUGAUUUCUGCUUUCUCUGUGUCCUGUCGAGCACUUCUAAAUGUGUUUUCUCUCAAAUUUACUCUAAGUUAUAAUUGAGAGGUCCAGUUUAGGAUUUGGGGGGACUUCGGUUCAACUACUUCUCAUUACUAAACAGCUUUCAUGCUCUAAAGUGUAACUAUUUUUCAUUUGUAGUUAAGUAUGAAUGACUUUUGUGUGUGGGAAUAGCAGUUGUGAGAAUGAUAAUGAGAACGAGCAUUGCGUCAGUUUUGCUGACACUUAUGGGGAAAACUCCUGUUUCUCUGAAUCCUGAAACCUGUUUGGUUCAAGUCUGUGCAUCUGCACAGACAAAUGGCAUUUCAGCCCGCCACAAAGGGUGGGGUUGACUGCCUAUACAGUGUAAGUCAUACAGAAACGGCGUCAGUCAUAAUCUUAUAUAAUCCAAUCUAAUCCAAAAGCCUCGCAACAAGCGCUGAACGGAAGUUGCUCUGUGAGCCGACAGCUUGAAAGCGCUCGAUUUGAGGGCCCCUCAAUCAGCUGUAUAAAGAGGGGCUCAGACUGCAGUCAGAGCCUGCUGCAUAAUACAUAAGUAUUUCCGACUGACAACACCAGUGCUUGAUAAGCAGGGAAGUACAGGUUGUAAAAUCUGAUGAAAGUGGACAACGAGGACUAGCUGGCCGCCGCACAGAUAUCUGCGAUAGAGACUCUGCUGGACCAUGCCCUAGAGGAGGCCAUUCCUCUAGUGGAGUGGGCCCUCACUCCUAAGGGGCACAACAAGUCCACAGACUUGUAAGCCAGCGCUAUCGCAUCCACGAUCCACCUGGAAAGUCUUUGCUUCGAAACCGGCAGCCCUUUAGUGCGGCUCCGAAGCUGACAAACAGCUGCUCUGAUUGCCAAAACAGGCCAGAACGCUCAGUAUACACUCUGAGGGCCCUUAUGGAACAGAGUGGAUGAAGUGCCUGUUCGUCUUCUGUGAGCAGAAGAGCUAAUAGCACUAUCACCUGGCUUCUGAAUGGGGUAGAAAGCACUUUUGGCACAUAACCUUUCCUCAGCCUAAGGACCACUUUACUGUCGUUAGGACCGAACUUAAGGCAGGAAGGUUCCACAGAUAGAGCCUGCAGAUCUCCAACUCGCUUGAUUGACACUAAAGCCAGCAGGAGAGCAGGCUUAAGCGAGAGGGACCGAAGGUCAGCUGACUCAAGCGGCUCAAAAGGAGGGCCUUGAAGAGCCCUAAGUACUGUGUAGAGGUCCCAUGAUGGUACCAAGCAAGGGCAGGGAGGAUUCAAACUUCUAGACCCUCUGAGAAACUUAACGACAUUAGAGCUAAAUUGAAGACCGCCCCCAAGAACGAAAUUCGUUGGCUGGGGAGCAGCGAGCUCUUGCCAAAGUUGACUUCCCAGGUUCUCCAGAUGACUGAGGAGCAGAGAGUCCAAAUGGAAGGACUGUAUACUGGUAUGCCACCCCCUCGAAUGCAAAUCUCAAGAACGGUCUGUGAUGGAGGCCAUCUGGAUAUGAAAGUAAGCAUCUUUCAGAUCCACUGAUAUAAACCAAUCCCCAGGGCAAAUCUGCACAAGGAUUUGUUUCAUAGUUAAGAUUCUGAAUGGCCGUCUCAUGAGGGUGCGAUUCAGAUGUCUCAGAUCGAGAAUGGGCCUGAGGCCGCCAUUUUUUGGGGGGAUAAGGAAGUAGUGGCUGUAAAAGCAUGACUCGCUGUGUUCCGUGGAAACUCUCCACGGCACCUUUUUCUAGCAGAGACUGAACUUCAGCUUGAAAGACAUGAGAACUGUCUUCUGAGACCAAAAAGUCCAGCUCAACACUCCGGGGAUAGCCUGCCAUGCCCGGAGUCAAGUGGCGAAUGGUUGAAGCGCUACAGGAUGCAUCUCACGCUGAAGCGAACAGUAUUGAGAGGAGGAGGAAUGCUCUUUUCAUGAGAAUGUAAAAAUUUAGUUUGAUCACAGUGAUAAGGUUUGAGUGCGCACACUAACGGGGCGGGCCCAGAACCAGAAGACAUCGUCUCCAGCACCCUGACCUGAAGAGGGGACUAAGAGAUGGGCGAGCUUUGAGUGUGGUCCGGCCUCGGCCGGGACUUUACUCUUUCCUUCUCCCUGAGGCAUCAGGACUACUUCGGCUGCAUGGGGUCUAUCUUGGGGUGAGGCCCUUGCCAUUUUGGAAACAUGUAGCGUCUGGCCAGGUGAAGGCAUGGCUAGACUUCAGGCUCCGCUUUCGGCUGGGGAUGAACGGGUAUUGAGGAUGCCCUGGGUUGCUGCUGAGUCGGCGGGGCUGUCUUGGAGCGACUGGAGGCAGUGGAAGAGCAGGCUCUCUUCGGUAGGAAGUGGCGCAUAGCCUGUGAUGACUUUUUUGGUGCUCUAGCACCACACUAGGCUGGCCAAUGGCUUGCGCGGUGGCUUUUGUGGUGCUUUUUGUGUGACUUGUCCAUGUCUUGGAGGAGUUUGGCCUGAUACACUUGACGUACUGCCAUUGUAUGUAGCACUGAGAAGGCCUGGCCGUCAGCAGCGAGUGCUCUGGAGGCGAGUGCUGAGUGCUGCAUGGCUUUGAAGGGUGAAUUGCCUUCAUUUUCAAGCCAGUUGCCAUGGGUGGGCAGAGACUGGGCAGAGACUGCGACAGCCUCUUCCAGUGGGGGGAGCUUCACAUAGCCUUUUUUUGUGGCACCAUCUACCGUGGAGAGAGCAGACGAAGAGAAAGAGUGGACACACGCCGAGUAUGGGGCGCGCCAAGUCUUAGUGAGCUCUUGGUGUACUUCCGGGAAGAACGAGGCUGGACGCUGGUGGGGCACCGAUGUUGCCGUCCUGCUGCAGGAACCACUCGUCGAGUUGGCUGCGGGCGGGCUCUUCUGAGGCCGACCAGUCCAAGCCGAGCUCUUGAACAGCUUUAGUGAGGACUCGCAUGAGCUUUGAGUCCACACGGGGCCGCACGUCAUCUGUCUCUUUAAGUGGCGGAGGGGCAGAGUCAUCACCAGAAUUCGCCCAAUCACCAGACUCAGAAGCGGCCAGAGACAUCGAAUCCAAUUUGUCGUUAGAGCCGCCAAAUGAGAUCAUGCCACUCGCAGCAGAUGAGGGGCAUUGAUCUUUGCGGGUGAAGAGCACAGGCUGCUUAGGCUGGCGGCUCAGUUUCUUCUUUUGCUGAAGUGUCGCUGUUCCGCUGAAGGAGAAAGAUUCUGACUGACAGCGUUUCUGUAUGACUUAUAUAGGCAGUCAACCCCACCCUUUUUGGCGGCCCGAAAUACCAUUUGUCUGUGCAGCUGCACAGACGUGAACCAAUCAGGCUUCAGGAUUCAGAGAAAACAGGAGUUUUUACCCAUAAGUGUCACCAAAACUGAUGCAAUGCGAGUGAACUGUAUCGAAAGGGAACCCUUUUUUUUCCCUGGCAAAAUUCAAGCAUUCAUUGAAAAACAUGCACUCAGUGAAUAAUAGUUUGAGCUCAGGUUGCUCAUAUUGAGCAAAGACUGUAUAUUUAAUUCAGUAUUUAAAAUGAAUAGAAACAGAAAAGUUAAUCUACACUUUAGCAAUGCUACUGAGAAAUAGUUUAUUAAUUAAAGUUUAAAUACUUUAAUUUUAAAUGUUAACUAAUACACAUUAAUCUCUUCCUGACUAACUCUCUAUAAACAAAUAUUAUCUUAAUGUGUUACUAAUUUAAUAAACAAAUAGUAAUACAGCAAAUAAUUAUCAGUCUUCCAAGUUCCAAAUUUAUUUUAUAAUAAACGUCCUUUAAGGAAUUGCCUAAAUAUCUUGAAUUAAAAUUCAGUAGAUCUCUGCUUAAGUAUUUUGGAUGUGUCUGAAGCAUUGUGUGCAAUUGUCAGAGUAAGCAAGGCAUGCUUAUAAUUUGACUAUGAUUUUCUGUCUGCUUUAGUAUACAAAUAUGUUGCUAUACAUCUGCUUUGCUUUUGGAACUUUAUUCAAGAAAGAAUCAAAGUCUGUUUCUUAGUGUACAAAAUUGUUUGUGGAAAGCUUAUUUGAAAUUGCUUUUGGUGCUGAGGUUUUGCAAAACAUAUUUAUGCUUGUUCAUAUUUAACUCUGAGUGACUCGGAGUUAAUGGUGCUAUUAGUUAGAUGAAUGAAAAAAGGAAAAGAAACUUGAGAAAUGUUGAGAGAAACAUUUAUUAUGUAUUAUGUGUAGUCAUUAUGUGAAUUAAAUUUUCUGUACUGAACAAUAGAAAGCAGAACUGGCUGAAAGAAUUGUCUGUCCAUAUGAAUCACAAAUACUGUGUUUUGCGGUUUCAUAAUUGCAACUAAAAACAUGAUUGCACACAUUUAGUUUUGAAGUUAUUGGUCUCUUUUUUGACUGCAGUGUUUAAUAGCUCGAGAACUGUAUAAUUGAACAUGCUGUAAUGUUUUUUGGUCCAAAACAAUGUGUAUAUAUUGAAUAUUUCUGUAGAAAAUGUAUGUGUAUAGCAUCACAAUCUCAGUUCUAAGUUUUAAUUGGCCUAAUGAUACUUUUUUGUCCCCUUAAUUCAAAAUAAUGAUUGUGUUUGGACAUGUAGUAACAUUGCACUAAUUGAAUAAAUAAUCUUUUGGAUGAA